UUACAGCUGUCCUUGUGUUGAGUCAGUAUCAUGUUAUAAAGGUCAAGUAGAUUGGAAGUGUGAAUGUGUAGUAGACUGAAGGAAGAUCACUUAGAAUGCCUUGGUAACCGGGGAUGUGUUACUGCUAGCUAGCAGCCCUUACCCUAGCUGUUGUCAAGGCCAGGUCAGGAGUAGACAUGAGCUACAGAACCAGAUCUUUCUUGGCAGCUGAUCACCUGACUCUUGCAUGAGCAGCCGAGCCUUUGACUGACACUUUAAAUAUGUCACAAGGAGUGGGAUGUCCUUACUCCCGGCCACAGAAAGCCUUCUGGAGAAUGUUCAAACUGAUCAUCUGCCUAAUAAGGUAUGUAUUGACUUAAUGCUAGCCAGAGUGGAGCUGCGAGAAGGGGGUCUCUCUCUCUGUGGGCUCUUAAAACAGGAAGGAAGUCGGUCAACAAUGGGAUUUCCUGUCCUGGAACUGCUCCUAUAUCUACGGAUCUGGAAACCAAUACUUGAUGGUUUUAACAUUCAAAGAAUUCCACUGCAAAAAUUGGCUGCCUUCCUCACACAGACCGUCUGCUUGGAUGACACAACAGUUAAGUUUGAGAUCUGGGACACUGCAGGGCAGGAACGGUAUCACAGCCUGGCCCCUAUGUACUACAGAGGAGCGCAGGCUGCCAUCGUGGUCUAUGACAUCACCAACACAGAUACAUUCACACGUGCAAAGAACUGGGUGAAGGAGCUCCAACGACAAGCCAGCCCCAACAUCGUUAUUGCACUGGCAGGGAACAAAGCUGACCUGGCCAACAAAAGAGCUGUGGACUUCCAGGAAGCACAAGCGUACGCAGAUGACAACAGUUUGCUCUUCAUGGAGACUUCAGCCAAGACGGCCAUGAACGUCAAUGAGAUCUUUAUGGCCAUAGCCAAGAAGCUUCCUAAGAACGAGCCAGCGGGUGGAGCCGGUGGCCGGGCCGGUGGUCGGGCAGGAGUGGACCUGCAGGAAGCCGCCCCACAGGCUGGUGGUAGCAAGUGCUGUGGUGGGAACUAACCAACUGGACCGACACACCAACCAAUCUGCAGUAUCAACCAACUGAUCAGACCAGCUGACAAACACAUCCCACGGUCAAACCAACUGACGGUCUGACCAACCACCAUGCACCGAUCAACUGAUAAGCAAACCAGCUCACAGGCCAAUCAACUGUCAACACACAACUCCAAAGUUCCAAUGAUCAGACCAACAGACAAAUGACACAAUUAUGACCAACAUGACGACCUACAACUGUUUUAACUUAACCGAGGACAUAACUACCCAUUAUCUCCAACCAAACGAUGGACAUCUGACAUCAUCCAGGCAAAAAACAACCCCACUUAGGGAGGAAAAAAAAGAUCAAUCCUUACCAAUCGCACUUAACAGAGCACUGUUCUUUUUUUUUGUUCACUGUAUUUCUGUAAAAAAAAAUCAAACGCAACUGGGAGGAAUAAUGAACAGGCUCUUUAUGCCCUCUCCUUUCUCUCUCUCGCCAUCUUUCUUUACCAUAAUGCUACAGUAUUUCAACGUAUGUCUUGUCACUUCUAACCCUGUUUAGUUUGGUGGUGGGUGAAUGUAGCAAUUCUCAUUAUUUCAUUUUUCCUUGUUCCCGAUCGUCACCCUUGGGCAAAAGAAGGGAGAGUGUUCAACCCCAAAAAAAGGAGUUAGGAGAACAGUUGUUUCCUUCCAGCUAUAGCAGUUGUGUAGAUUAACUGAACUAUUACAUUGUUAUUAUUAUUACUUUGACUUAUUUUUGACAUGUUAAACAGUAUGAUUUCAAAGACUAGACCACCUAAGGUUUUCCAAUCAUUAAUCUAUGAUAUCCAACCAUGUGCAUUAACAUCAUUGUCACCAAUAACUCAUUUCUAGCAUUAAUGUAAUGUUUUUGAAUCAUUCAUAUACAAUGACGAAAGUGGAAUAAAAAGGAUGAAGCAAGAGUUGUUUUCCUGACCAAAAUCACAGAUGUGUAUUGAAAACAUGUUGCUAUUAUUUGUAUAAUGAUUUUUCUUCAAACAUGUAACCAAUCAGUAGUUACUGUCAAUACAAUACCUUCCCAAUCUCAACAUGAUGCUUUGUCAUCCUCAAUUAUUUUUGUCAUGUAAAGAUGUAUUUUUUUUAUUUGUUUUUGUGUACAAUUCUUUUGUUUUCUGAAGAGUCUCUGGUAUUGGGUGCACUGGUUCUGUCACCUCUUGUGGUUUCAGAUGUUCUCUUCAGUUUCUUUUGCUUUUCUGUUCUGUUCUUUAACCUUUUCCUAUCGGGGAUGGAUUCCUCUAACCAGUCCGUGUCUGUUAUGACAUCAAUGACUAGCACAACAGUACCUGCAGCUGUCACUGCUGUGAGAUGGGGGGACAGGGGUAAACCAAGCAAAACAACAAAUUGUAAUUUUACCAAUAAAUAAGGGGGAAGGUA